AUGUUAUUUAAGUCCCUUAUAGGGAGUGCCUGCACUCUGCUGGGGACUGCUGCAGCCUUCAAAAUAGCACCUGUGGAAGUCAAGGCCCAGGCAGCUGCUCUCCUUCACAGCACAGUGAGAAAGUCCCACCUGGUGGAACAAGCCAGUAUGAGGGUCGAACUUCUCCCAGCACUUAGUGACAACUACAUGUAUCUGCUGAUCGACGAAGACACCAGAGAGGCUGCUGUUGUCGACCCUGUGGAGCCAAUAAAGGUUGUGGAAGCUGUAAGAAAACAUGGCGUUAAACUCACAACAGUUCUGACCACCCAUCACCAUUGGGAUCAUGCUAGUGGGAAUGAGAAGAUGGUGAAACUCAUGCCAGGACUGAGGGUCUGUGGAGGUGAUGACAGAGUUGAUGCCAUCACAAAGAAAGUGUCUCACUCCAACACUUUCAAACUUGGAUCACUCAAUGUUAAAUGUCUAUUUACACCUUGUCACACCACUGGUCAUAUCUGCUACUUUGUGACAAAGGAAAAUAGCUCGGACCCUCCAGCUGUUUUCACAGGUGAUACACUGUUUGUGGCUGGUUGUGGCAAAUUCUUUGAGGGUACUGCAGAGCAGAUGUACAAAGCCUUGAUUGAAAUUCUGGGACGCUUACCUCCUGAAACACGUGUUUACUGCGGGCACGAGUACACCGUCAGCAAUCUGAAAUUUGCUCGACAUGUUGAACCUCACAAUGAAGUCAUUAAGAAGAAGCUGGCAUGGGCAAAGGAGAAAUGCAGUAAUGGAGAGCCAACUAUUCCAUCAACUUUGGCUGAUGAAUUCACAUUCAAUCCGUUCAUGAGAGUAAAAGAGAAGUCUGUUCAAGACCAUGUGAAGCAGACAGACCCAAUUGAAACCAUGAGAAGCCUCCGGAAAGAAAAAGAUGGUUUCCGAGUCCCUAAGGAAACUCUAUCUGAAGCGUUGCGCACUGUUUUGCGCAUGCGUGUGGGUAUCAUGAAGGUAAAGGUGAUCUCCAUCCUGGAAGACAACUAUAUGUACCUGAUCAUAGAGGAGCAGAGUAAACAAGCCAUUGCUGUGGACCCUGCCGUUCCACACCGGCUGUUAGAGAUAGUGAAGAGAGAGGGCUUGUGCCUGACUGCUGUUCUCACAACACACCAUCAUUGGGACCAUGCCCGUGGGAAUGAGGCUCUGCUAAAGGAGGUUCCAGACCUCAGGGUGUAUGGGGGAGAUGAACGGAUUGGAGGUCUGACAGAUAAAGUCACAGAUGCUCAGGAGCUGAAGUUUAGUUCCAUCAAUGUGAGGUGCCUGUUCACUCCUUGCCAUACCUCCGGUCACAUGUGCUACUUCGUUUGGGAGGACGAGUGCACGGACGCCCCUGCUGUGUUCACAGGGGAUACACUGUUUAUCGGUGGAUGUGGGCGGUUUAUUGAAGGUACAGCAGAACAGAUGUACCACAACCUUACCCAGGUGCUUGGUUCCCUACCUCAAGAUACAAAGGUGUUUUGUGGACAUGAGUACACCAUCAAGAACCUGAAGUUUGCCAUGCUUGUGGAGCCUGAGAAUGAAAAAGUUAAAGAGAUGCUGAGCUGGGCCAGGGCAAGAGAUGACGAUGACAAACCCACAGUUCCGUCCACCCUGAUAGAGGAGUUUGAAUAUAACCCUUUUCUUCGCCUUUCAGAGGAAGCAGUGCAAAAGUUCACAGGGAAGACGGACCCAAUAGAGGUGAUGAGGGUCCUGCGGAAGGAGAAGGACAAGUUCAAGAAGCCCAAGGAGAGGCUUCCUCCGCAUGCCAUGCUGGCGUUGGAGUGGGGACUGCUCAGACCCUGA